ACACGCUCCGGCGGGGCGCGCGGCGGGAGGCGAGGCCCCGGGGGCGGAGCCUGGGGGACCUGUGGCGGCGAGUGCUCAGGUGGGAGGGACCGGCGACCGCGGGCGCCGAGGAGCGCCGUAGCGCUCUCUGCCUCUGGUUCUGGGCUACGAGCUGGCGAGGGCGUGGAAGCUGCCUUUCUCCGCCCCAAAGGGGCUGCGGCACUUCGCAUCCAGCAGGCGCUCAACUGCUGGCUUGGUUUGCUGAAGGUUGUCUGCAAAGUAGAGUCGCUCAUCUUCGGGCUCUUACACCCUCUGCUGGAACCACACGGGUGGCUGUUUGAUCACCUGUCGCGACUCCGUGUAGUGGAUGGAACCAAUACGUGGACAGACGGCGUAAAACUGCAUUUUAAUAACAUCACCCGGUGAAACCCAUGCCCAACUUUUGAGGAUGAUCGGUGUAUUCGCCUCUUAACAUACAUCUUUGGAUGCUUACUCUUUGUAACUAUUGCAAACCCCUCGUGAUUGAUAAUUGUUCCACUCUUACUUUUGUUAUACACCUGAUCCCUGGACAAAGGGUAGAAAUGUUUAGAGACACAACAAUGGAGAAAUCCAACAAGAACCCCUCUCAUGGAGCUUGUGUUAGUAGUGGUAGAAAAACAAGAUAAAGGGUAGACAAGACUAGUAAAGUUAAAGAGUGUUGGUGGCGAGGAAAAUUAAAACAUCUGAGAGAAGGAUUUAAAGGGUCAUCUGCAUGGAAGCUCAGAUGACUCGGAGGUGGAGGACGAAGCAGUAGAUAAUCUUUCUCAGAAGAAGCCAGUUUGGGUGGAUGAAGACGAUGAAGAUGAGGAAAUAGUUGACAUGAUGAACAAUCGGUUUCGGAAAGAUAUGAUGAAAAAUGCCAGCGAAAGUAAACUUUCAAAAGAUAAACUUCAAAAGAGACUUAAAGAAGAAUUCCAGCAUGCCAUGGGAGGAGUACCAGACUGGGCAGAGCCUGGAAGCAAGCGGAAGACAUCUUCAGAUGAUGAAAGUGAAGAGGAUGAAGAUGAUUUGUUGCAAAGGACUGGGAAUUUCAUAUCCACAUCCACUUCUCUUCCAAGAGGAAUCUUGAAGAUGAAGAACUGCAGGCCUGCCAAUGCUGAACGUCCUACCACUGCUCGGAUCUCAUCAGUACAGUUCCAUCCUGGUGCGCAGGUGGUGAUGGUCUCUGGGGUAGAUCAUGCUAUCUCACUGUUUCAGGUUGAUGGCAAAACAAACCCUAAAAUCCAGAGCAUCUAUUUGGAAAAGUUUCCAAUCUUUAAGGCUUGUUUCAGUGCUAAUGGAGAAGAGGUUUUAGCCACAAGUAUGCACAGCAAGGUUAUUUAUGUCUAUGAUAUGAUAGCUGGGAAGUUAAUUCCUGUACAUCAAGUGAGAGGUUUGAAAGAGAAAAUAGUGAAACGAUUUGAAGUCUCCCCAGAUGGCUCCUUCUUGCUCAUAAGUGGCAUUGCUGGGUUUUCUCAUUUGCUAUCAAUGAAGACCAAAGAGCUGAUAGGUAGCAUGAAGAUUAAUGGAAGAAUUUCAGCAUCCACAUUCUCCUCAGAUAGUAAGAGGAUAUAUACCUCUUCUGGGAAUGGAGAAGUUUAUGUGUGGGAUGUGAAUUCAAGGAAGUGCAUUAACCGAUUUCUUGAUGAAGGCAGUUUAUAUGGAUUAAGCAUUGCCGCGUCAAAGAAUGGACAGUAUGUGGCUUGUGGUUCUAAGAGUGGAGUGGUAAACAUAUACAAUCAAGAUUCCUGCCUCCAACAAACAAACCCAAAGCCAAUAAAAGCAAUAAUGAACCUGGUUACGGGUGUCACUUCCUUGGCCUUCAACCCUACCACAGAAAUCUUGGCAGUGGCAUCAAGAAAAAUGAAAGAAGCUGUCAGAUUGGUUCAUCUUCCUUCCUGUACAGUAUUUUCUAACUUUCCAGUUUAUAAGAAGAGUACUCUUUCUCGUGUUCAGACCAUGGAUUUUUCUCCCAGAGGUGGAUACUUUGCCUUAGGGAAUGAGCAAGGGAAGGCCCUGCUGUAUAGGUUGCAUCAUUACUCAGACUUCUGAAGAUUUUUUUUUUAUGAAAUUCAGUCAAAACAUCCCAUCUCUACAUCCCAGACAUUUCCAAGUGUGUGUGAUAAUAUAUGGAUAAUGACUUAUGGAAUCUGCUUAAAUUAGCAGCAGUGUCUUAAUAAAUGUAUGAUAGCUUUGUUUGACAAUAAGUGUACAUGAUUCUUUUUAAUCUAUACACACAGUCAAGAAUGUGAUUUGGAUGCAUUUUCUUUAAAACUAAAUGUGAGAAAGGGAAAUGGAAACCUGUCUGUAAUAAAAAAUAAUAUAGGUGGAUAUUUUCAUUAAUGUUCCUCCUGUGUACAGAUCUGGCCAGGCUUCAGAGCAGUCACCAUUUUUUUUUUUUUUUUUUUCUUUGAGAUGGUUUGUCUCUGUAACUCUGGCUGUCUUGGAACUUGCUAUGCAGACCAGGCUGACUUCACAGAGAUCUGCUUCAGCCUCCAAAGUGCUAAUACUAAAUAAUAAACAUAUUAAAUUGUAUAUGCCACUCCACCUGGCUCUAGCACCAAUUCUUUACUCAAGAAUUUUUAUCUAUGUAUAUAGGUAUAAAAAUUGGUAUAUAAGCAUUUAUUUAUAUAAUUUUACCACCUAGGGUAAAAAGCAAGUUUGUAUACUAAAGAGAUAGAUGUAAAUGUUUAUUACAUAAAGAAUUGUUUCUUGGCUGAAUUUGAUACUGGAAGACACAGUUUUUGAUUUUGUAAUCACAGAUGAGAAUGUUGUACCUUAAUACAUUAUAGAAAAUGGAAGAAGUAAUAUUUAGGACUGUUUCAGAAAUUAGAAAUUCUGUUCUAAUCCUUAUUAAACUUUAAUUACUAAAACA